CUAUAAAUAGAGGCAGAUUCAUCUCAUCGCAAACCACGAGCUCACCCAAUAAUCAAGCUUAAUUAAAGAGACACAUAUAUAUAGAUAUGGAAGUUGCUCAAGUUCUUCGCAUGAAUGGAGGAAUGGGAGACACAAGCUACGCUCUGAACUCAUCGGUUCAGCAAAAGGUGAUAUCCAUGACCAAGCCUAUAAUACAGGAAGCAAUGAUCAAUCUCUACUGUAGCAUCCAGCCGAAACAUCUAGCUAUUGCAGAUCUGGGAUGUUCAUCAGGACCAAACACUCUAUUUGCAGUGUCUGAACUCAUCAAAGUAGUGGAUGAGCUUUGUGGAAAUUUGGGCUGUCAAUCACCAGAAUAUCAGGUGUUAUUGAAUGACCUUCCAGGGAAUGAUUUCAACACCAUAUUCAAGUCCUUGCCAGAGUUCCAAAACAGAAUGAAGAAACAAUUAAAAGCUGAAAGCGGACCAUUGUUUUUCACUGGUGUUCCUGGUUCUUUCUAUGGCAGGCUUUUCCCAACCAAUAGCUUGCAUUUUGUUCAUUCAUCUUAUAGUCUCCAGUGGUUGUCUAAGGUUCCUGACGGUCUGGAGGGUAACGAAGGAAAUAUUUACAUGGCUAGUAACAGCCCACUAAGCGUUCUCAAGGCAUAUUAUGACCAAUUUCAAAAAGAUUUUUCAUUUUUUUUGAAUUGUCGCUCGAAGGAAUUGGUAACAGGAGGUCGCAUGGUUUUGACAUUUUUGGGUAGGAGAAGUGAAGAUCCUUCUAGCAAAGAGUGCUGCUACAUUUGGGAGCUUUUGGCUAUGGCUCUCAAAGAAAUGGUCCUUGAGGGAAUCAUUGAGGAGGAGAAAUUUAAUUCCUUCAACAUCCCUCAGUAUACACCAUCCCCAUUUGAAGUACAAUCCGAGAUUGAAAAGAAAGGGUCUUUUAGCAUUGAUCGGUUGGAGGUCUCUGAAGUCAACUGGGAUGCUUAUCACAAUGAAUUUAACCUCUCUGAUGCAUUUAAGGAUGGAGGUUAUAAUGUUGCUAGGUGCAUGAGAGCUGUGUCUGAGCCUUUGCUUAUUGGACAUUUCAGCUUUCGGAAAGAAAUCAUUGACGAUAUUUUUCGCCGAUACAAAGCAAUCCUAGCUGAUCGCAUGGCGAAAGAGAAAACUGAAUUUGUCAAUGUAGUUGUGGCCAUGACUAAAAGAGGAUAAAUUCUUGUCUAAAUUAACUUGGUCAUGUGCAAUAUAUUUAGCUUCUCUUUUGUUUUUUUUUUUUUUUUCUU